GAGAGAGAGAGAGGGGCAGAGAGAGAGCGAGAGAGAGAGCCGUGGAAAUGAAAGUAAAGGGCUAAGCGGCCACAUGGAGGGAGCUGCCUGGGCAGCAGUUCCAGGAGCAAAAUGCUUCCUUCGAUAAUUAAAUAGCAUUUACUCUUAUUAUUACUAAUAAUAAUAUAAUAAUAAUAUCUCUAGUAAUAUUAUACCACUUAUCAAGGCCCGUUGUAGGCACGGUGGGGGGACUGCCAAGCAAGGAAAGAGACUAAUGGAGAGGCAGAAAAGAAAAGAAGAAAUAGAGAAAGGACUUCAAUUCAUCCAGUCCACGAUAUCACUAAAGCAAGAAGAUUAUGAGGCCUUUCUCCACAAGUUGGUUUGGAACCUGUUUGCUGAGGGGAAUGAUCUGUUCCGGGAGAAGGAUUUCAAGCAGGCAUUGGUGCAGUAUGUGGAGGGGCUGAACGUGGCUGACUAUGCUGCCUCGGACGAGGUGACGCUGCCCCGAGAACUCCUCUGUAAGCUGCACGUCAACCGGGCCGCCUGCUAUUUCAACAUGGGCCUGUAUGAGAAGGCACUGGAAGACAGUGAGAAGGCCCUGGGACUGGACCCAGAGAACAUCCGAGCUUUGUUCCGGAAAGCUAGUUCCUUGAAUGAGCUGGGGCGCCAUAAGGAAGCCUACGAGUGCAGUAAAACGUGCUCCAUCUCUCUUCCCCACGAUGAAAGUGUCACUCAGCUCAGUCGGGAGCUGGCCCAGAAGCUGAGGUUGCCCUGCCGAAAAGCAUAUAAGAGACCUCAGGAAUUGGAAACCUUCUCGCUGCUUAGUAACGGCACCUCGGCUCCCUUAGCAGAUCAGGGAACAUCCAAUGGGCUUGGAUCUAUAGAUGACAUCGAAACAGACUGCUCCAUGGAUCUAAGGUGUCUCACAGCCCCAGUAACCACCUCCAUCCCUGGCUGUGACAUCACCCUCCUUUCGGACCCCGAGGCCAAGGGCUCCACCACAACCCUUUUCCCUCCCACCACCGACCUGCUGGCCCCUCCAGAUGGGGCUGGACCUGAGAGCAUGGAGGACUUCUCUGAUGGCGAUGUCUUUGGGCCAGAACUGGACUCACUCCUGGAUUCAUUGUCUCUGGUCCAAGGCUCCAUUCCAGCGACUGUGCCCAGUGAAAUGCCCCAGCGGAUCCCUGUGUUCCCAGGUGGGGCGCCCCUAUUGCCCCCUGUGGUGAGUGGCACCAUCCCUGUCUCCAAUCCACUGCCCCCCGCAUCCUUUGGCCUCGUCAUGGACCCCACCAAGAAGAUGGCCUCCUCCAUGCUGGAAGCCUUUGACUCUCCGGUUUCCUCACUGGACCCUUUGGAUCCUCUGGACUUGCUUCCGUACACAGAUGCCCACCUCGAAGCCCUGGACAGCUUGGGGCCUGUCCGGGGCUCCCUGGACACACUGGAUUCAUUCCCAGUAGAGGACACCUCCUCUCAGGACCUACGACCACCCAGCAGCACCCAGAAGCCGGCCCCUGCACCGGCCAGCACAAGUCACUCCCCUCUGCCCAAGGUGGCUGAUCUGCUGCCCCAGCAAGAGUCCGCCAUGCCCAAUACCGCCCUGCUUGUCAAGAACCCCCUGGCUUCUACCCACCUCUUCAAGCAGGCCUGCCACCUCUGCUAUCCCAAAACAGGUCCCAAGGCUGGUGACUACAGCUACCGGGAAGACCUAGAGCACAAGUGUAAAAGGGACAUUCUGCUGGGGAGGAUCCGAAACUCCGAGGACAAGACGUGGAAGCGGAUCCGGCCCCGGCCCACCAAGACCAGCUUCAUAGGCUCCUACUAUCUGUGCAAAGACAUGCUUAACAAGCAGGACUGUAAGUACGGGGAUAACUGCACCUUCGCCUACCAUCAGGAGGAGAUCGACGUGUGGACUGAGGAGAGGAAGGGUACCCUCAACAGAGACCUGCUCUUCGACCCCCUCGGGGGAGUCAAGCGGGGCAGCCUCACCAUCGCCAAGCUUCUCAAAGAGCACCAGGGAAUCUUCACCUUCCUCUGUGAGAUUUGCUUCGACAGCAAGCCCCGGAUCAUCAGCAAGGGGGCCAAGGACUCUCCUACCGUCUGCUCCAACCUGGCCGCCAAGCACAGCUUCCAUGACAACAAGUGUCUGGUUCACAUCGUGCGCUCCACUGCCCUGAAAUACUCAAAGAUCCGCCAGUUCCAAGAGCACUUCCAGUUCGAUGUGUGCCGCCACGAGGUACGCUAUGGCUGUCUUCGAGAGGACAGCUGCCACUUUGCCCACAGCUUCAUUGAACUCAAGGUCUGGCUGCUGCAGCAAUACUCAGGAAUGACCCACGAGGACAUCGUCCAAGAGUCCAAGAAGUGCUGGCAGCAGAUGGAGGCCCAUGCAGGCAAAGCUGCCAACAGUUUGACCAGCUCUCGGGUCCCCCCACCCAGUACCUUUGACCUGCAAAUGAAGUUUGUGUGUGGCCAAUGCUGGAGGAAUGGACAGGUGGUGGAGCCCGACAAGGACCUCAAAUACUGCAGCGCCAAAGCCCGACACUGCUGGACCAAGGAGCGGCGUGUCCUGCUGGUGAUGUCCAAAGUCAAGAGGAAGUGGGUGUCUGUCCGUCCGCUCCCCUCUAUCCGCAGCUUCCCUCAACAGUAUGAUCUAUGCAUCCAUGCCCAGAAUGGCCGGAAGUGUCAGUACGUGGGGAACUGUUCCUUUGCCCACAGCCCAGAGGAGAGAGACAUGUGGACUUUCAUGAAAGAGAAUAAGAUCCUAGACAUGCAGCAGACCUAUGACAUGUGGCUGAAGAAACACAACCCUGGGAAGCCUGGGGAAGGCACACAGGUCACCUCUCGGGAAGGAGAGAAGCAGAUCCAGAUGCCCACUGACUAUGCGGACAUCAUGAUGGGAUUCCACUGCUGGCUUUGUGGCAAAAACAGCAACAGUAAGAAGCAGUGGCAGCAGCACAUCCAGUCGGAGAAGCACAAAGAGAAGGUCUUCACAUCAGAUAGCGACUCCACCUGUUGGACCUUCCGCUUCCCCAUGGGCGAGUUCCGGCUGUGUGAAAGGUUCCAGAAAAAAAAGGCUUGCCCAGAUGGGGAGAAGUGUCGCUGUGCCCACGGGCAGGAGGAGCUGACUGAGUGGCUGGAUCGGCGGGAGGUGCUGAAACAGAAGUUGGCCAAGGCUCGCAAGGAUAUGCUGCUCUGCCCAAUGGAUGACGACUUUGGCAAAUACAACUUCCUAUUGCAAGACAACGUAUAGGGGGCCCCGGGGACGGGACUCUGGGGGUGGGACUUAGGGAAUGAGAAGAAAGAUGGGAGGAUGAGAUGAGAUUCCCAUGGCCUCCGCAGCAGCAUCUUUGGGUCCCCUCUCUGUUAGCCAUCCCUGCUGCAGGGGCCAAAGGGCAGGACGUCCUCAGCUCUUUGGCUCCCUGUGACUGGCGUGGCUUUCUUCCUUGUUCUCAGAUGGGUGUCAGAAAAGCCAGGCUGGGGAAAGUGGAGGGGAUGGAGGAGGACUUGGGAAGUAGAUCUCUGGACAAACCUUUUCUCUCCCUGCAUCUCUAUAGCACGCCCACACACUUGGGGUCCCACUUCAUUCCCCGCUGUGUGGGGCAGGAGUACACCCACAUACGUGCACAUAAUCAGAAUAAUAAUGAUGACGAUGAUAACAAUA